GUGCUGGGCGGCUGUGGGCAGGGAAGCAGGGCGGUUUGGGCUUGCGGCUCUUCGGGGCGGCCGCGGGCACGGAGGCACAGCGGCAGAGGCUGCAGCCGUUCCUCUCUCCGUGUCCCCCUCUGCUCGCAGCGCAGGAGCUGCGGGAGGAAGGCGUCCUGCCCGCCCGCCCGCCCGCCGCCGGAGCCGGCCAUGGGGGGGUGCCUGCGGCUCGGGCUCCUGGCGCUCCUGCACCUUGGCUCGGGCUAUGCAGGCUAUUUUGAACAGAUCAAAGGCAAAAUGGGGGAAAAGGUUGGCCUGCCUUGUUGUCAUGAGCUUUCCAGCUCGGAAAGCCUCCAGAGCUACCGAAUCUACUGGCAGAAGAGCACCACAGAGGUCGUGCUCGCCUACGUUCCGGAGCAGGGUAUCACCACUGACGAGCGCUACGAGAACCGCACGGUGCUGGACACCAGGAACUUCACCCUGUGGAUCUCCCCCGUGGAAAUCUUGGACAAUGGCUCCUACCAGUGUAUAGUUCAGGUGCUCAGUUUGGCACGUGUCCUGUGUGAAAAGCACGUCGCCUUCUUUGUUACAGCUGACUUCAGCACACCGAACGUGACAGCGGAGGUGGUCGCCAGUUCCUGUGAGUCAGCUGAGGUGAUGCUCACCUGCUCUUCUCAUGGAGGUUUCCCCAAGCCUAAAGUCUGUGGAGCCCUCGACAGCAAGCCUGUGGUGUGGAAUGCCAGCCAGGUGGCCAAGUCCAGCCUCAGCCUGUACAACGUCACUGCCCAGCUCUGGCUCAGCCUGACCCAAGACGCCAGCUUCACUUGCUCCCUGGAGUACAAUGGCUUUGUCACCUCCACCAGCCUGCUUCUGAAAAAAGCAAAUGACUGUGUUGUCCUUCCUAAGCCCCCACCUUAUCAUGUCAUUGCUGCUUCAAGCAUCGUCAUUGUCGUCUUCCUUUUGGCUCUUGCCCUAGCAGCAAGGUACCUCUCAAGGCAUGGUUUCUUAUCCUGUGUAUUCUGCACUGCAGUCCCUGCUGUUCGUUGUACGGCAAUGCCUCUCGCGUUGACCCUUUGGCGCUCUGAAAGGGGACGAUGGAAGGUAGAAAGCUCUGCUGAAGAAGGCUGCCAGGAGACUCCUGUGUGAUUGAAUACAAACUCCCACCUAUGCCAUGGAAGCUGCGGGGUGGUCUUGUUCUAAGAGCACCACUGUUGUUCCACCCACUGGGACCAUCAGCGGUCCUGCAGCGGGAGAGAAGAAGGAUGCCCUCAGCAUCGACACACCAGCUCCAGAGUUUGGGAUCUCGUGGCUUAAUGCUGCCUUGAUGGAAAUCAGGGUGCCAGCAGAGCCCUAGCAGGUAGCCUAUGCCCACCCAGCCUUUCAGGAGUACAGAGCUGACCUUUGGGAGACCCCAGAUGCUGACAGUCUCAAAUGAUGCCAUGCCUCUGCCUUGUGACUGCGAGCGGCCAAAAACGUCCUUUGUGUUCAGCCUCGCCUGGGCACCGCCAGCACUGUGCUUGGUGCUGGAGCACUUUGGACUUCACUUGCCCGUGACAGAUUCCUCCUCCCCUGCAGAGGCAGUGACACUUGUGCCUCUCCACAAAAGCACCCCGAGGUGGGACUGUGCUCCUCCUCCUCAUUUUCACUGCCCUGAGACUCCUUAGGCCACAGCACACACUGGCAGCGUCCCCUGACAGCCACUUCCCAGUGCUUAGCAGCGGCAGAGGUUCUGGCUCCCUUUCUCUCCUGCCAGGACAGCCUUGCCAAGCCAGGCGCCGAGGCGCAGCGGAGAGCCGCAGGAGCGCGGCUGGCAGGGCGCAGCCUGCCGCUGGCUGCCUGUGCCCACGCACCUGCCGGCUGCCCACGGGCGCCCACCCUGCCCGCGGCGUGCCAGCAGCGCUGCUGGCUCUCUCUCCCGUGUGCCUGCUCUAGCUAAGCGCAGUGCAGGGCCUGGCCUCACAGGCACAGCUCAGCUUCUCUUCCGA